AACAAACGUAAUUUUCAGUACGUUUGCCGCUUUUCUAAUGGUGCAUUUAUCCAUUUUGUGGUCAGUUACAACAUUGAAGUCUAUGAAAUACGGAAAAUUGGAAGAUGUCACUGAUGCCUUAACCAUGCUUAUUAUUUACACUUAUUCGAGUUUUGCCAGUGUAUAUUGGAUAUUUAAUUCAAAGGAACUUUUCAAGUUUUUUAUGGAAGUUAAUAAAAAUUAUAAACACCACUCGUUAAUUGGGUUAACAUAUGUAAGCUCUGUGCAAUCUUAUAAAGCUGCAAGAAAAAUGACAAAAUAUUGGCAACUUAUUGGCAGUAUUUCUGUAAUAUUUUGGUCAUUAAGUCCACUUAUAUUACAGCAAAGAGUCUUGCCUAUUCAAUGUUGGUAUCCUUUUGAAACAGAGGGAGCAUUUGUCUACGAAACUUUGUACUUUAUUCAAUUUCUGGCACAAUUAGCAAUGUGUGGAGCUUAUACAAAUGGAGCUGCAGUUUAUGUUUCAACUAUUGUGAUUAUGUUGGGCCAAUAUGAUGUACUUUAUUGCAGUCUCAAAAAUGUUCAGGCGCAUAGUGAACUCCUUGCAUUUCAAAAUGCCAAAAGUGUGAGAGAAAAACAAAAAAGGAUAUCAAUUGAUGAGGAUGAACUUAAUCAAUAUAUUAUAUGCAAAGAGGAAAAGGUUGACAUAAAUGAUUUCACACAAGAAAGCAAUACAAUUUUCAAAGGAGACCUAAAAGCAGCUUUAAAAUAUUCAAUGAAAUGUCAUCAUCAAUUUAUUUUGCGUUCCUGUGCAAAAUUGGAAAAACUAUUCAAUCCGUAUUGCUUGAUUAAAUCCUUACAAAUAACAUUACAACUUUGUUUGCUGGUUUUUAUAGCUGUGGUUGGGGACCGAUCAAUUGUCCGUAGUAUCAAUGUUAUUGGAUACGUAGCUCUUACCUCUAUUGAGCUCUUCAUGUUUACAUACUACGGUGAACUAUUGUGUUUGCACAGUGUAAGAGCUGGAGAGGCUUUACUCAGAUCACCAUGGCACAAGAAUACAAUUUUAAUAAAAAAGGAAAUAUUGAUAUUUUUGAUCAAUUCAAGGAAACCUGUUCAGCUUACGGCUGGAAAAUUUUUUGUUAUGAAUGUCGAACGACUUAGAUCAGUUGUUGCACAAGCGUUCUCCUUUUUGACUCUACUUCAAAAAAUAGCAGCAAAGAAGCCAUAAAAAAGUAUUUUAUUGAACUAAUUAGCAAACAGUAUAUAGCUCAGGACUGGAAAUUAAUUUGUAAAUGGCGCCUAAAGAUCAUAUCUAUAUGAAACUAGUAUUUCUCAAGGACAAUGCUUUCAAUAUCCAGUAUUAUUAGAAAAAAAACUUUUAAUGUAUCAGCAUU